AUGAUAUCAGUUUCGAAUCUACUGUUAUCAGCUCUUUCGCUAACGACGGCUUUAGUCAGCUCACAACCAGUUCCUCCAAAGGACGCCUCUUCAGUACAAUUUGUUCAUGAAACAAAUGAAAAAAGAUUUUAUGACUACGAUAAUGCCGAUCCAAUCCGUGGUGUUAAUAUCGGUGGUUGGUUAGUCUUGGAACCAUACAUUACACCUUCUUUAUUUGAAGCAUUCAGAACGAACCCAAAUAACGACGACGGUAUCCCAGUUGAUGAAUAUCAUUUCUGUCAACAACUAGGUAAAGAAGUUGCUCAAUCUCGUCUAGAGGCUCAUUGGCAUACCUUCUAUCAAGAGGAAGAUUUCGCCAAUAUUAAGUCCCAAGGUUUCAAUUUGGUUAGAAUUCCUAUCGGUUACUGGGCUUUCGAAUUAAUCGACGAUGAGGAUCCUUACGUUAAAGGUUCUCAAGAACAAAAAUUGGACCAAGCUAUUCAAUGGGCUGAAAAAUACGGCUUAAAGGUUUGGGUUGAUUUACAUGGUGCUGUUGGUUCUCAAAAUGGUUUCGAUAACUCUGGUUUGAGGGACAAUAUCGCUUUCUUAGAUGAUGAAAACUUGGAAGUUACUGUUAAAGUCUUGAACUAUUUGCUAGAAAAAUACUCUGCUGAAGAAUAUUUAAAGACUGUCAUUGGUGUCGAAUUAAUUAACGAACCUUUAGGUCCAGUUUUAGAUAUGGAUAAAUUAAAGGACAGUUAUUUGAAACCAGCUUACGAUUAUGUUAGAAAACAUUUGCAAAGUGACCAAAUUUUAAUUAUUCAUGAUGCUUUCCAACCAUACCACUACUGGGAUGAUUUCUUAGCUCCAGGUGAAGAAACUUGGGGUGUCACAUUAGACCACCAUCAUUACCAAGUUUUCUCUCCAGGUGAAUUACAAAGAUCUAUUGAUGAACGUCUUCAAGUUGCAUGUGAAUGGGGUACCGGUGUUCUUAAUGAAUCCCAUUGGAGUGUUGCUGGUGAAUUCUCCGCUGCUAUAACUGAUUGUGCUAAGUGGUUAAACGGUGUUGGUAUUGGUGCUCGUUAUGAUGGUUCCUACCAAAAGGGUAAUGACGGUUCUUACUACAUUGGCUCUUGUGCUGGUACAAAUGAUAUCAAUGCUUGGUCUGACGAAAGAAAAACAAAUACAAGACGUUAUGUUGAAGCACAAUUGGAUGCAUUUGAAAUGAGAGGUGGCUGGAUAAUCUGGUGUUACAAGACAGAAUCUGCUAUUGAAUGGGAUGUUCAAAAAUUAAUCUUCGAUGGGUUAUUCCCCCAACCAAUUACUGACAGAAAGUUUCCUGGUCAAUGUGAUCAAUACAAAUAA